GCUGUGCUUCGGCGCGCGCGCUGUAUGGGCGGGCUGCGCGAUGGCGGCGCUGCACGUCGCCACUCUCUUGUUCGUCGUCGGCGCCGGCGCAUUUACAGCCGAUCCCAUCAACUGGAAGCUGCCAGCGGAGCAGGUGCCGGCGGGGCAAGGCGACGGCGGCUUUGUCCCGCACGGCGCCGUGGGCGUGUUGCGCGGCGCUGCCAUAUGCUUCUACGGGUUCAUGGGCUUCGACACUAUUAGUGCUACGGCUGAAGAGGUAAAGGAGCCUCGGCGAGCGAUUCCCCUCGCGAUCCUGUCGGUGUUCGGGCUCGCGCUCGUGGCCUACGCCAGCGUCUCCAUCGUCGUCACCAUGAUGGUGCCGUAUUAUGACCUGGACCCGAUGAUGGCGGUGGUGGCGGCGUUUUCCUUCGUGGGCUGGGAGUGGGCGCGCUGGAUCGUCACGGUGGGCGCUGUCUUCGGCAUCGCUGCUAGCUUGUGUGGCGCGCUGUUCCCGCUGCCACGACUGUUAUACAGCAUGGCAGCGGAUGGGCUUGGCGUGAGCCUGCUAGCGCGCGUGUCCAACGGACGCGUGCCCGUUGUUGCUUGUCUCUUGCCUGCUGCAUUCAUCGCGGUGCUGGCGGGCUGCGUGCCGCUGGAGCAGCUGGUGCGAGCGCUGUGCGCCGGCGCAUUGUUGGCGCACGCCUCCGCCGCCGUCGCGCUGCUGUGCCUCAGGUACCGCUCCGAGCGUGUGUCGGAGGCGGCGCCCAGCACGCUGCGGCAACUCGUGGGGCGCGGAGACAAGGCGCCCACGCAAGCUACCUCGUUCCUAGUCUACAUUCUGAUGCUGCUUUUCGCGUGCGCGAGCGCAGCGGCGGCGCUAGUGUGGCGGCUGGCGGCCCGUCGCGGCGCGGCGCUAGCAGUGCUCAAUGUCGCCGCACUGUUGUUACUAACUGCCGUAGCGCUACAGCCGCGCGCACAGAAACCCACCACGCACUUCACGACUCCACUAUUCCCACUAGUCCCUUUACUGAGCAUCUACGUCAACAUCCACCUGAUGAUAUUCAUCAGCCUCAAAACAUGGCUACGUCUUAUAGUUUGGAUUUUAAUUGGAAUACCAUUGUACAUUCUGUUUUUGUGUUGCUACAAGAGUCCAGAGGAAAACAAUUUAGAAGAAAAUAUAAAACAAUUCUCUUACGCAAACAAAAAUGGAAAGACGCCAAUACAGAUAGUUGUAGAAUCACCCACGCCUCCUGGUACUAUGGACAGAAGUAGUAACAGCGCAGGGGAUCACAUACAGGCGAAGGACAGUAACAAAGAUGACAUUGAAAUGCAAGAGACACUUUCCCAUAAUGAGAUUGUGCCGUAUGCAACUCAAGAGAUAGUGCUACAACACGCUGCUGUUGUUGAGAACAACGAGGAGAGAGAGGCGAAGAUAAUUGACAUGCUGGACAGAGUGUUGCAGGCAGAGGAAGACAGUUAUGGAGAAAUCAUCAGCUUGAAAGAUCCGAUAGACGAGGAAACAGUGGGCGCAGUGGGCGAAAAUGUUAUCCACAGAAAGUCCCUCAGCGAACUGUCGGAUGCAGGCUCGGACGCGUCCUUGGGUAACCAGGUGUUAUCCAAAUACGACGUCAUCGCGCAGGUGCACAGAGAAGACUUGCCCAUAGUGACGGAGGAGAAAGCGGACACUGGCGAAGCGGACAUACUCGACAAUAACAAUGAAGAGGACGAAGGAAACGCACCUAUUGAGUACAUUGACAGCGAAACGAAUUCUCAAACCGACGAGUCGGGAUAUUCGGACACCAUUGAGAAGAACACGCUCAAUGACUCGUCGGAAGAUAUAAAAGACGCUCCUUAUAUCCCGACGCCUCCGCCCUUUGACGCAAACUUCUUUGCGAACCAAACGUUCCCGGUGAUCCCCCCUUUCCAGAAAUCUUACACUGUACCGAAGCGUCCGUCGAAAAACAAAGCGUUCGAGGAACUCGAAGAGAACAAACCUCGGGAAAGCGUUCAAUCGAACGGGUCCCAAGGCGAUGGAACCAUAAUAUUUGGGAGCGAUCGACAAAUCAAUUUUAUGUCAAAACUGAGCAACAUAUUUCAGGGAAAAAUCAACACACUCAACGACACCGAAGACAAACGAAGGCGCUCGAAUUCCACAGGGAAUGUGAUACAAAAUACUGAGUUUUCUGUGAGCCGCGAACGUCCAGCUAUAUUCUUUGACUUGAAGAAAGAGAUUUUAGCUGCGCAGAAGCUGCGAGCGGCGAGUUCGGAAGAACCAGAAGCAAAACAACCCCCGGAAGCUGCCGAGGAAGCCGCCAGUGAGGAAGAAGAAGAAAGAGACAUUAGCAUGAGUAGAAAUGAUUUAAAGUCAAAGUUGGAGAGUAUAUACGCGAACGGCGGCCCCCAGCUGUUCAAGCCGCGGCUGAUGAAAUCGAAUCCCCCCACGCCCGAGGAGGCGUAUCAAACCGACACCUCGAGCACCGAGAGCAUAGCGAAGUUACCAAAAAUUGAUAAGAACGAUACUUUGAAAAGGCAAAAGGACAAGUUUAGUGCAGUGUUGAACUCAUUCCGUUUAAGUAUAAAUAGUGACGAUGCAGUUUAGUAUUGUUUAGAAAUAAAUAUAAAUUAAUUUCGGGUGUAAUUGUGCCUAGUCUUAAUUAAGUGCCUUGUUUAUGUAUUCAAUGUUACGCAAAUGCCAAAAAUAGUAUUCUUGUUGUGGACAAAGAAGAUGACGUGUUGUAUAAAGUGACCCCGCGGGCCAUAUUUCAGUCUGCAAUGUCGGCAUAUUUACAGACGCAGUGGCUCAUACUUUAUCUCAAAAAUUAUUCAACAUUUCACGGUUUAUAUCUAAUAGUUUGUAUUGUGGGACGUAUUCACCGUCAAUUUGUGACGUAUCAAUAUUGUGUUCAGCUUACAAUAUUCAUGUUAUGAAUAAAUCAUUUUUACAAACGGAAACUAUUGAAUCCAAUAAAACUGUACAAACGGGACUUAGCAAGUCCCAAACAACGCAUCAACCUGUUUAAAGAUAGAUAACGCAAAGUUUACGAAAGACUGAAAGUCCCAGAUAAUUGAUCAAAUUAACCAAAUAGGUAAUGUAAAUUAUAAGUAACUCGUUAUAAUAAAAAAUAUUAAAUUA